AUGGGGUGGAACAAUCUCAACAACUUCAAUCCCAACUAUGGUUGCUUGAGAUUGGUCAAGGCCCUGGGCCAGGGAGCAUUUGGUGAGGUCUAUCAAGCCCUGUAUCGUCAUCGUGACGGCGAUGCCGUAGAAAUGCCGGUGGCCGUCAAGACCCUACCCGAAAUGUCCACACGCCAGGCGGAGGAGGACUUUUUAAUGGAGGCUGCCAUAAUGGCGAAAUUCAAUCAUCCCAACAUGGUCCAUCUGAUAGGUGUUUGCUUUGAUCGCCAUCCACGUUUCAUUGUUUUGGAGCUGUUGGCUGGUGGUGAUUUGAAAAACAUUUUACGCGAGGGACGCCACAAACCGGAAAGACCCUCUCCCUUGACCAUGAAAGAUUUGGUAUUUUGCGCCUUGGAUGUGGCCAAGGGUUGCCGUUACAUGGAGAGUAAACGUUUCAUACAUCGCGAUAUAGCGGCCCGCAAUUGUUUGCUGAGCAGUAAGGGUCCCGGUCGAGUGGUAAAAAUUGCCGAUUUCGGUAUGGCCAGAGAUAUUUAUCGCAGCGAUUAUUAUCGCAAGGGUGGCAAGGCUAUGCUGCCCAUCAAAUGGAUGCCACCCGAGGCAUUUUUGGAUGGCAUUUUUACGUCCAAAACGGAUGUUUGGUCGUUUGGAGUUUUAUUGUGGGAGGUCUUUAGCUUGGGCUUAAUGCCCUAUACCGGCCUCCCAAAUUCCGAGGUAAUGCAAUUGGUUACUAACGGUGGCCGUUUGGGCACACCACCCGGUUGUCCACCGGUCAUCUAUAAAAUCAUGGCCGAUUGCUGGAAUCCCACACCAGAAGAUCGUCCAACAUUUUCUAGUCUCCUGGAGCGCCUCAAGGCCGUAACAGAGGAUCCCACUGUUAUGAAUGCUCCAUUGCCCCACAUAUUACGCCCGCCCUCUAAUGAACGCGAUCAAACCAUUAUACGGCCGCAGGGUGUCGAUGAUGUUUGCCUGCAGGUACCAACCACAUCCGAUUACUUGAUACCCCUGCCGGGUAUCACACAUCUACAUCAACAGCAACAACAGUUGCAACAAGCCACUCAGCAACAACAACACGACAUAAUCGAUCCUAGCUGUCCCAUGGCUAUAUCGACUGGAACCAAUAUCUGUACACCGCCCGGCGUGUCAUCACCCUCGGCACCACAGCACACGCAGCUGCUGAAAGAGGACGAGCACACCAAUGCCACCAACGAGGGAUGCUGGGAGACAUAAUUUAUUUUACCCAACUCGAAAAGUGAUCAGCCACUGCUCAACAACAACAAUUCGAGUGGAUCGCAGAAGAGCAUCAACACCGCUUCCAUUGGGGCCCAAGGCCCGGGCAAUACGAGCGGUUACAGCAGCAGUAGUCAGCGAUCGCCCGUCUCGAAUGGCCUAAGGACAAUACAAUCUUCUUCAGCAACGCCGGCCCACGAGGAUGAGGAGACGAAACUCAUCAGCUCAGAUACGCCACAGCCAACACCAACCACAAUACAGCCAGGAGCAGCUUUGGAAAGCGAUUAUUUUCUUUAA